CAGCACCGGACAGAGGACGCGAGGCCUCCUGGGAUAUGUAGUCUGGGGCGGGUUGUGACUGCCGCAAGGCCUACUGGGAGUUGUAGUUCUAGGACCUAGAAAGCGAGCGCUGCAGGCGGUGCUGGGAGGUGUAGUGAGUACGUGGGCGGGGCCCAAAGUUCCAUCGUGGCCAGGGAGUCUCCCGAGGGAGGGAAAGAGAGCGUUUUCCCGCUCUGGCCUUGGCUGUCAAAUGAGGGGUGCUCUCAGCUAAGUUCAGCCCGGGCUGCCACACUCGAUCUAACCUCGCGGAUAAUAUAUGACUCAAAGAUGGUCGUAGGGCCAUGAAACCGAACAAGGAAGCUUCCUUUGCUGAGUCGUGCCGUGGUCUCCGAGAAAAAAGUGAGGGAAAAUCUGACUGAUCUUGAAGGAUGCGGUCCUGUCUCCUCCCUUUUGUUCUUUUCCCUCCCCUGCUCUUGGCCACUAAGUGGCCUUUGUACGCCAGAGUGAAACUCCAAGUCCCGUCAGGCUGCGAGGCGCGCGCAUGCGUGGUGGAGCUGCCCGGCCACGCCGCAGGAGGAGGGCUGAUGAUUUGGCAUCUGAUUGGUCAUGUCUUUUACGAUUUUUUUGCGCUGAUUGGCUGAGAUUGCUGCCGGAAAGGUCCCAGCCCGGAGAUGGAAGAUCAGAGGCGUUCUAUGGGCUGGGUUGAAAGCCUCCUCCCUCGAAUUGGAUCGGCCUGACCCCCAACCCAGGGGCACCCAGCCAGUGCCUGUCCUCUCCUACUCCAACAUUACACGUACUCGAUAUUAACCGAGACACGGAGAGUGGGUGACUCUCGGGAUUCAGGAAGGAGAGUGACCCGUCCUGGGCCUUCCCCCCAUACCCUGCGACCAGAACUCCAGCCCUAGGGAGUGGGCAGGGCCUCUUGCCGCCCCUCACGCCCUGAUUUUCGUCCCCUUCAACGUUGUCUGCUAGCUGGUUUUCCUGUUCUCUCUACCAGGAGACGAACGCUUGAGCCCGAGAUGGCAGCCACCCUACUCAUGUCUGGGUCCCAGAUGAGACUUAAUGCCAUUGCCUUCUCGACAUUUCUAACCAUGUCUCUAAUUUCAAGAAGAAAAUCUGGUUCUAAACUCCUAGGUACCAAGUAGUGAGGAAGCAUUGUGUUGAUUUCAGGCCCCUGUGACAUUUGAAGAUAUGGCCAUGUUCCUCACUCGGGAAGAAUGGAGACCCCUGGAUCCUACACAGAGAGACCUUUACAGGGACGUGAUGCAGGAGAAUUAUGGAAAUGUCGUCUCACUGGAUUUUGAGAUCAGGAGCGAGAAUGAAGCAAACCCAAAACAAGAGUUUAGCGACGAUGUGGAAUUUGCGACCAUGUCGGAAGAGCCUCUGGAGAACGCUGAGAAGAAUCCUGGAAGCGAAGAGGCUUUUGAAAGUGGGGACCGAUCAGAAAGGCCGUGGGGAGACCUGACAGCCGAGGAGUGGGUAAGCUACCCUCUCCAGCAAGUCACUGACCUGCUUGUCCACAAGGAGGCACACACAGGCAUCCGCUACCACAUUUGUUCUCAGUGUGGGAAAGCCUUCAGUCAGAUCUCAGACCUCAAUCGCCACCAGAAAACCCACACGGGAGACAGGCCCUAUAAGUGUUACGAGUGCGGGAAGGGCUUCAGCCGCAGCUCCCACCUCAUCCAGCACCAGAGGACACACACGGGCGAGCGGCCGUACGACUGUAACGAGUGUGGGAAAAGCUUCGGAAGGAGCUCUCACCUCAUUCAGCACCAGACGAUCCACACCGGGGAGAAGCCUCACAAGUGCACCGAGUGCGGGAAAAGCUUCUGCCGUCUCUCCCACCUCAUCCAGCACCAGAGGACCCACAGCGGGGAGAAACCGUACGAGUGCGAGGAGUGCGGGAAGAGCUUCAGCCGCAGCUCCCACCUCGCCCAGCACCAGAGGACUCACACCGGCGAGAAGCCCUACGAGUGUAACGAGUGUGGGCGGGGCUUCAGCGAGAGGUCUGACCUCAUCAAGCACUACCGGGUGCACACGGGGGAGAGGCCCUACAAGUGUGACGAGUGCGGGAAGAAUUUCAGUCAGAACUCAGACCUGGUGCGGCACCGCCGGGCCCACACCGGGGAAAAGCCGUACCACUGUAACGAGUGCGGGGAAAACUUCAGCCGCAUCUCGCACCUCGUCCAGCACCAGAGGACUCACACGGGCGAGAAGCCGUACGAAUGCACGGCCUGUGGGAAGAGCUUCAGCCGCAGCUCUCAUCUCAUCACGCACCAGAAGAUCCACACCGGGGAGAAGCCCUACGAGUGUACCGAGUGUUGGCGAAGCUUUGGGGAGAGGUCAGAUCUGAUUAAGCACCAGAGAACCCACACGGGCGAAAAGCCCUAUGAGUGUGUGCAGUGUGGAAAGGGCUUCACACAGAGCUCCAACCUCAUCACGCACCAGAGAGUUCACACCGGAGAGAAGCCUUACGAAUGUACCGAGUGCGAUAAGAGUUUCAGCCGGAGCUCAGCUCUUAUUAAACACAAGAGAGUUCACACCGACUAGGCCCUGUGUGGGAGUGGACUUGUUUGGAGGCCAAGUGAUGUUUGAUAUCAGCGAGCCAACUUGCGAUGGCUCUUUUUAAAGUUCCGACUUGUCUUGUUGUGGGCUACAGGCUAAAAGGUGAAAGAAAGCAAGCCUUUUGAAAAUUCUGACCCACAGCUUUGGGGAUGCUGUCCCCUCCUCCAAAACGGUGUUAUUGUUCACUGAUUAUCAUAUGAAUUGAUAUUGUAUCAUAUCAUCAAAGUCGGCCCCCUCCCCAGUAACUUGAGAGCUAAAGACCAGAGGACAAGAUGUUGGUGGUCCCUUGGGCCUGGAAAUGGAGUACAUCUUUAAAGUAUUUUCUCUCUCUCGUAUCUUUGGCUCAAAAAGACUGCAGUGGGAGAAAUGUGUUCACAGCUGCUUUGACAGAAGGCUGGCGGACUUGCCCUGAGCUGGGACUGUUCAGCUGUAGUAGCUGGGUUCACACACAUCCCUUCCAAGGGGCUUUUUUUAUUUUAUUUUAUUUUAUUUUUUUUGAGUAGCUCACCUUCAUAUGUAAGCAUCACUUCGUGCACAGGAUUCUGCAUGCGGAAAGCAGCCGAGUGUCUCCUUGUUUCUCACUUGUGUAUAGCUUGCAUGUUUUUGAAAGCUGACCGAAGAAACAAUGUAAUGGGAAAAGGGAGGCACAGGUUUGAGGACCAAGCGCCCAGGGGCAGUGGUGACGUUAGCCAGAGAUAGCCAUGGAGACUGCCCUUCAUCAGGGUUCUGUAUUUUCUCCAAAAAUCAUGUGAGGGAUCAGAGUAGGGAAACUGCCCUUAGAAAAAGAUAGGGCUGGAAGUCAUGACGGAGCAGAAAUAGGAAGGGAACCCACUCCCUUCCCCAGGGAAGGGGGGAGCCCGGCACCCUUCCCAGGGAACAGCAGUCAGUGCUGCAGAACCUUUAAGAUCACUUGUCCAUGUACUGCUAUCUCUAGGGCUUGAUGGAGCCGCGUCCCAGUCUUCACCUUAGCUUGCAUAAGGGCAAACGUAUGUAUAGUGAAAUGUGCAUUCUGAUAGCAGAAACUGAGUUCGUAAGAAUCAGCAUGUUCUUGCGUGAAGUAGAUCAUAAGAUAGAACUAUAGACAUAACUCCGAUGUGAGAGGUGUCUUAUUUUUCUUGUUACGGAGGGAAAAACAAAUCAGCAUUAGUGCCCAAGCACAGUGUGCUCCUGUGAAGUUUGGUUUUGUACAGAACUAAGCACUUGUGUGGAUGUGUCCAUCAGUUGUGAGAGAGUGACUGGACACUCAGGUCCCUUGUCCUUUCUCAGCCUGAAUUAUCUUCUAUGAUGAGUGGCCUCAUCUGAAGAAACGGAUAAACCUGCGGAGGAAUGUGAUUCCAGUAUCCAGAUAAAAAUAGUUAAAACGAGUUGACCCGCCCUAGUCCAGUACUUCAGUUCUCCUUAGAUAGCCCUGUUGUUGGUGCUUAUUCAGUCCCGAGGGGACCGAGGGGAGUUGGCACCCAGGAGCUGGGACUUUGCCUGUGAGUGAAUGCGUUCCUGCAUAAAUUUAAAGAGUCCCAGUAUUUUCUAUGGUGCUUCAUUGCAAAAUUGCAAACAUAAUUCUUAUUAUUAUUCUUAAUUUUUUUUACUAAAGAAAACCGUUUUUGUUAAAUCUUCGGGAUUUAGCACUUAAAGCCCAGUACUUUCUCUACAGAGAGUCACUGGCCACAGCUGAAUGAUACCAUAUCACUAGUGACAGCCUCCAAAAGCAACUGAAUGAGAAACCACUCUGAGGGGCUCCAAGUGGUCACUCCCAUUUGAGUACAAACUUGGGGCAGGGCACAUGGUUUCUAUUCCGUACAAAAUCUAGCCUCCUCCGGGUAUUCAUACUUUAACUGUUAUGUAACUGACAUGUUCUUGGUAACUAAACUCAGCUAUGUCUUCUGUAUCAGUGCAGCUGAUGACUUGGGUGGAGUUCAGCAUUCUCCCAUUGCUUCUCUGAGCCACAUAAGUGACUGCCUGGGAGUGGCUUGUAGAAGACAGAACCUCUGACCCAACUUCAUUCCACACCAUGUCCCUCCUCUGUUACACACACACACACACACACACACACACACACACACACACACGCAUACCAGGCACACCCACCCAGCCCUAGCCUUCCUUUAAAGGUUAUGCUGUGUUUCAUUUGCUGCUUUUGCCUUCUAGGAGAUGAAAAGGCUCCUGGGAGGUUUCUGAUUGCCUUCCCACCUCUUCGUAUGUGUACGCUCUAGCUGGGUGGCUAAAAAGGCAGUGGCUGUGCCAGCUCUGUCCACUCGGCUAUGGUCAGCUGCUCCCCUCCCUGCGCUGAGCUGCAGAGGUCAUACAGCUGCACACUUCACUAGCGCUUAGUGCAUGCCUUCUGUUCACAGUCCCUGGCCGUUUCUGCACAAACCAGACAGUCUGUGCCUGUGUUCUACGGUUGUGGAGAGUGGAUGGACAGGUAAAUCUGUAGACAGAUUCCCUUGGUAUUGGUCAAUUAUCCUAGCGUCUUGUUUAUAGCUGUAUUAUCCUAACAAUAUUCUAUAAUUAAAGGUAUAAUUUUUAAACUCAAAACAACUGGGUUAUUUUGGUAAUCUCAAACUCGUUGAUGUUAGAGCCCCUCGUGGGGGGUCAUUAAAACCGUGCGUAAUCAUCUUUA